GUAAACAAUAGCACAUGAGAUGACAGCACUAUUGCAAAGACAGCAUUUUAGAGGAUCUUUAGAUUAAAUGGCCACUGAUAUGGCCAAUAUACCUGCAGUGCAGGAGAGCAGCCAUGAAUCUACAAAGCAUGAAAAUGAAAAGGUACAGACUGAAGAAGGGGAAACUCUGUCUAAAAGGCAAAGAAAAAGACUUCUCAAGAACCAACAGUGGGAGGAACAGAGAGAACUUCGCAAACAAAAGCGUAAGGAGAGAAAACAGCAGAGGAAACUUGAGAGACAAGCGCAGGCUGACGAUGGAGCGGAGUUGUCAGGAAAGAAGCGUCUGCGCAGAUCGGCAGAGCCCAGCUCUCUCAGACUGGUCAUAGACUGCAGUUUUGAUACCCUCAUGAUGCUCAAGGAUGUAAAGAAACUUCACAAGCAGAUUCAAAGGUGCUAUGCUGAGAACAGACGAACUCUACAUCCUGUACAGUUUUACCUCACAAGUCAUGGCGGACAGUUAAAGCAAAUCAUGGAUGAAAUUAACAAAGGCUGGGUGAACUGGAAGGAUGUCCAUUUCAAGCCUGACCCAUUUCAUGAAAUCAUGAGCAAGGAGGACCUAGUCUACCUCACCUCCGAUUCACCAAAUGUGCUUCAAGAACUGGAUGAGGCAAAAGCCUAUGUGAUUGGAGGCCUGGUGGAUCACAACCAUCAUAAGGGAAUCUCAUUUGAUCGUGCCAAAGAACUUGGCAUUGCCCAUGCUCAGCUUCCACUGGGCAGUUUUGUCAAGAUGAAUAGCCGUAAGGUGCUGGCUGUCAAUCAUGUUUUUGAGAUCAUUCUGGCAUUCCUGGAGAAACAAGACUGGCAGGAAGCUUUCUUUACUGUUCUGCCUCAGAGGAAGGGAGCUGUACCAGUGGGCCAAGAGAACAAGUUUGGACAGGGCAAUGAUGAGGAAGAGGAAGACUCUGAUCAAGACUCUGACUCAGGCCAUCUAAUCUCAGAAAAGAGAGCAGACUCGAAGGACCAACCAUCUAGCAAACAGGAAGAACUCCAAGCUGUACUAAACCAAUCUGAUUCCAGUGAGCGAAAUACAGCAUAGAGGGAUACAACUACUUGAUGCUGUCUUGUCCUAUUGGCAAUUGUUUUAAAUUAUCACUUCUUUUUUUUUUUUUUUUUUAAGUUUGAUGAUGUCUCUGUUGGAUAUGAGAUGCUUUGGACGCAAAGGUUUGGAGUGAAGAUGUUUUUGUUGAAAACAAAUUUGAACACUGGGAUAAAUGACAGCUUCCCUUUUGCAGCCUCUAACAUAAUUUUUUGUUGUUGUUUAUGUAUCAAUACAGAUGAAUAUAAUAUUACAGAGUAUGUUC